AUGGUCAGGCAGCAAACGGCAUACACUGAGUCCGACUGUGAUCCUGGCAAUUCUGUAGGCUACAGCUCAAAGGCCACAGUUGUGGGCUCCAAGCUUUCAGCCUCUCAGCCAGGCCUCUCAGCCAGGCCUCUCAGCCAGGCCUCUCAGCCAGGCCUCUCAGCCAGGCCUCUCAGCCAGGCCUCUCAGCCAGGCCUCUCAGCCAGGCCUCUCAGCCAGGCCUCUCAGCCAGGCCUCUCAGCCAGGCCUCUCAGCCAGGCCUCUCAGCCAGGCCUCUCAGCCAGGCCUCUCAGCCAGGCCUCUCAGCCAGGCCUCUCAGCCAGGCCUCUCAGCCAGGCCUCUCAGCCAGGCCUCUCAGCCAGGCCUCUCAGCCAGGCCUCUCAGCCAGGCCUCUCAGCCAGGCCUCUCAGCCAGGCCUCUCAGCCAGGCCUCUCAGCCAGGCCUCUCAGCCAGGCCUCUCAGCCAGGCCUCUCAGCCAGGCCUCUCAGCCAGGCCUCUCAGCCAGGCCUCUCAGCCAGGCCUCUCAGCCAGGCCUCUCAGCCAGGCCUCUCAGCCAGGCCUCUCAGCCAGGCCUCUCAGCCAGGCCUCGAUCCUGCGCAGGAGCAGCGUAGACUACACGGCAUCGUGCGCAGGUGCGUAACAGCCUUGAUUGGGAGGUCAAACAAGCUGCCUCUCUGA